CCCCCCCCCCCCCCACGAUGACCUCCCUCUUCUUCUCCACCCCGGUGGACAUCGACGUGGUUCUCGAAGAUAGCGAUGAGCGCCAAACGGUGGACGUCAAGUUGGACAAGGGCCGUCGCGAGAGGGUCCCUCUCUACAUGGACGGCGAGUCCGUCAAGGGAGCCGUGACCGUCAGACCCAAGGAUGGAAAGCGGUUGGAACACACUGGCAUCAAGGUGCAGUUUAUCGGUACUAUUGAAAUGUUCUACGACCGCGGCAACCACUACGAAUUCCUCUCCCUGGUGCAGGAGCUGGCGGCGCCCGGCGAGCUGCAGCACCCGCAGACCUUCCCCUUCAACUUCAAGAACAUCGAGAAGCAGUACGAGUCCUACCACGGCAUCAACGUCAAGCUGCGCUACUUCGUCCGGGUGACGGUCUCCCGGCGCAUGGCGGACGUGAUCCGCGAGAAGGACCUCUGGGUGUACUCGUACCGCAUGCCCCCGGAGACCAACAGCCCCAUCAAGAUGGACGUUGGCAUCGAGGACUGCCUGCACAUCGAGUUCGAGUACUCCAAGUCGAAAUACCACCUGAAGGACGUCAUCGUGGGCCGCAUCUACUUCCUCCUGGUGCGUCUCAAGAUCAAGCACAUGGAGCUGUCGAUCAUCCGCCGCGAGACCACGGGGUCGCCGCCCAAUCAGUACAACGAGAGUGAGACGCUGGUGCGGUUCGAGAUCAUGGAUGGGUCGCCCUCUCGAGGUGAAACCAUUCCCAUUCGUCUCUUCCUCGGCGGAUUCGACCUGACACCCACCUUCCGCGAUGUCAACAAGAAGUACUCGACGCGAUACUACCUCAGCCUGGUGCUUAUUGACGAGGACGCCCGCCGCUACUUCAAACAAUCCGAAAUCGUCCUCUACCGCCAAGCCCCGGAGAUCGCCCCCACCCCGCAAAUCGCCCAGCAGCAGCAGAUCCAGCAGCAGCAGUUGCUCCAACAGCAACAGCAACAGCUGCCCGUCGGCUCGGCCACCCCGGGUCCCGGUCGUAGUGAAGCCCAUCAGCAGAACCAUUUCGCGCAGCAGCAGCAACAACAGCAGCAGGCGGCUCAGUCCGUUCCUGCUCCUGCGGCUUAACGGUCUUCUAAUUUGUUGUAAAUCGUUCGAGCUAAGUAAUGCGUGAACCUUUUUGCCUGGUUAGAGAGGUGCGGUUGCUCUUGCUCUGGUUGGUAGUGUAUGGGCGGGCUGGGGCUGGGGCUGAGCUGGAGCUGGAGCUGGAGCUGAGAUGAUUUGUACUUGUACUUUAUUUCAUAUAUACCCUUGCUUUUUCUCCUUUUUACUUUGUUGCUUUGUCGGGGGUUGAGAUGUAUGUGUAUGUGGUGUAGUCGGGGGAUUAUGUGUAGGCUGGGGUGAUGGGGGUGGAAUAGGUUUGUGUGCACGAGGUUGCGGACUUUCUACUCCGUAAUUUAUUUGUUGAUGUAGGUGGGAGUAUUAGGCUGAAGUAGUAGUAUUGCUGAUAGCUACACUCCAAUUCUUUUUAAGGAAAGAGGUACUUCUACGAUAACUAUGACCCGAUAUACAAAUCUCAAGCGGCUGCCUAUACGUUCAUCCAAC